CUGUUACCACCGACCGCCACCGGCCGGGCGCCGCCGCCGCCACCGGCCGGCCGCCGCGCCCGGGGCGCUAUUUUUGCCCUCGGGGCGUCCAUGGCUCGGGCGGUGAUUGGUCGGAGCGCGCCGACCGGCUGCGAGACCACGUGACCGGCGCGGGCGGCGGCUCGGGCGGCUCGGGGCGGCGGCUCGGGCGGACCGUGUGACGGCGGUGACGGUGCGGACCGUGCGACCGGUGACGGCAGCAGGAGACGGACGGCGCGGCGGAGCGACGCGACACCGCCGGACACAGCCAGCAGGCCGUGACACGACCCUGAGCCGGCGGCGGCUGCGGCGGCGCAGCCAUGGGCGCCAGCGGAGAGGACUUUGCGCCCAGCUUCACCCAGAAGCCGCAGCUGCGUCAGGAGGAUGACGGCAACCGGCUGCUGUUCGAGUGCAAACUGCGCUCCCGGCCUCAGCCGGAUAUUGAGUGGCAGCGCGGCGACGAGCGGCUCGCCGAGGACUCGCGCACAGUGUUCCGCAUGAAGGAGAUCGACCGCGACCUCUACUACGUGGUGCUGGAGAUUGACGAUGUGAUCGAGACCGACGGCGGCCUGUACAAGGUCAAGGCGCGGAACAAGCGCGGAGAAGUGGCCGCCUCCAUCAACCUCAACUUCAGCCCCGUGGACGAACCAAGCGAACGCCAAAUCGACGGCAUCGCGCCCACCUUCGCCAAGAAGCCCGGCAUCAAACAGGAGGACGAUGGCAAGCGCCUGCUGUUCGAGUGCCGGGUACUGGCUGACCCGCGACCCUCCAUCACCUGGUACCGGGACGGAGUACAGGUGCAGAACUCCCCCCGGCACAAGAUGGUGGUUGAGAAAGACGGGAACGCCUACUUUGCGAUGUUGGAGAUUCUGCAGGUGACGGUUGAGGACGCUGGGAAAUACCGCGUCACCGCCAAAAACGAGCUCGGAGAGAGCAACGCCACCAUCAGUCUCAACUUCGACAGUGAUGACGCGCCGGUACCCGAGGACGGGGUGCGGCCCACGUUCACCGAGCGGCCCAUCAUCCGACAGUCGGACGACGGCUCCACCAUCACCUUCGAGUGCCGCAUGGUCGGCGAUCCCAUGCCCAAAGUCAAAUGGUAUCACGGGAAAUCUCAUAUAAAGGAGAGUAGUAGGUACAACAUGUCCAUUGUCCAGGACACCAAACUGUAUUAUCUAGUGAAACUUGUAAUUAACAAAGUGGAAUCAAGCGACGGAGGCGAGUACACAGCGAUAGCGAAGAACAAGAUUGGAGAGGGCAAAGCGACCAUCAACCUCAAUUUUGAGGGAGGUGGAAAACCGAAAAUUCCCGACGGGAAGGCGCCGCGCUUCCCGAAGAAGCCAUCCAUCCGCCAGGAGGGCGACAACCUGCUGAUGACCUGCGUGCUGGAGGCGCACCCGAUGCCCGACAUCACGUGGUACCACGGCAACAGCAUCAUCACCCAGUCGCAGCGCGUCAGCAUCUCCAGCCAGGAGACGGGCAAGGACACGUACCUGCUGACGCUGACGAUCUCGAACCCCACCAAAGAGGACGGUGGUAACUACAGGUGCAACGCCUGUAACCAGUUCGGAGAGAGCAACGCCAACAUCGCACUUAACUUCCAAGCUGGCGAGGAGAAGCCGCGCGGUCGGGGGCCGCAGUUCACCGAGAAACCCAAGAUCCUGCCGAACGAGGACGGCACGCUCAUCACCAUGAAGUGCCGCGUCAAGUCGACCCCGCCGCCGGAGAUCACGUGGUACAAGGAGACGGAGCUGGUGCAGAGCUCAUCGCGUCUCUCCACUACCAUCAACAAGGUCUCCGAGAACGAGUACGAGGUCCUCCUCCUGCUGAAGGAGCCGGCGGCCGCCGACAGCGGCAAGUACCGCUGCCACGCAAAGAACGAGUUCGGCGAAACCAACGCCAACCUGUCGCUGAACAUCGAGCCGGAGCCGGAGCCGGAGCCGCCGGCCGGCCAGCCGCCCUCGUUUGUCGGCCCGCCGGCCAUACGCUCCGAGUCCGAGCGCGUCAUCCUGAUGGAGGUGCGCGUCCGCUCCGAGACGGCCAUCACCGUCAGCUGGACGCAGGCGGGCCGCGCGGUGCGCGAGACGGCCCGCCACCAGCUGACGCAGAAGGAGCAGAAGCACAUCCACACACUCCACCUGAGGAUACGGGACCCCCAGCCAGAAGAUGCUGGAAUGUACAAGUGCAAUAUCAAAAACGAGUUCGGCGAAAUCAACGCCAACCUAACUCUCAACAUCGAAGUGGUGCCGGAGGUGCGCCAGCAGCCGCGCGUGCAGAUCGUCCACCGACGCCGCACCGUCAUCAUCGAGGCCCGCAUCGCCUGCGUCAACCAGCCCGACAUCAACUGGAUCCACGAGAAACACUCGGUGGUGCGCGACUCCCGCCGAUCGGUCAAGGUCGAGAACGUCGCCCAGGGCGAAUAUGCGGUAAAACUGGAGAUCGAGAACGCCGCCGACAGUGACAAGGGAGAGUAUCAGCUGAUCGCCAAAAACGCCAAGGGCGAGGUCAAGUCCAAGACGGUGAAGGUCACGCAGCUCUUCGAGGAAGAGGAAGAAGAGGCGGAAGAGGAAGUCUCCGAGGUGUCUGAGGUGUCGAAGAAGGUCAAAAAGCCUAAGAAGGAGAAGAAAGAAGAAAAGGCUGUUGAACAGGUCGAGGAGAGUGUCGAGGUUGAGGAGGAGGUGUCUGAAGUGUCGGAGGUCGCCGAGCGACGGAUGAGCAGGGUGCAAAAGAUGGAGGCGAAGAUGGAUCAGCAGGUGGUGGAAGAGGAGGCGUCAGAAGUCUCCGAGGUCUCCGAAAUUUCCGAGAAAAAGGUGACCAAGGUAAAGAGAAAGAAGUCGGAGCAGGUCGAAGUUCCUGACUCCAAGGACAAGCCAAAGAAGGCCAUAGAGCAGGUAGAAGAGACGAAGACGGUUGUUGCUAAUGACAAGGCUGAGGAGGUGGUAGAAACUUCGGACGUAUCCGAAGUAUCCGAGAAACCAGCCAAAGAUAAGACCGACAAGCCUGACAAGCCCAAGGUCACCAAGAAAAAGGUCUCAAAGACAACGAAGCCGAAGCCCAAGGGAGACAAACCUGAGUUCGCAACGUUCCUGGAAUCCGCCUCUGUAGAGGAGGGAAAGGGCGCAGAUUUCAACUGCAAGCUCACAAAGGACGACAUGAAGGUGGAAAUCACAUGGUACAAAGACGGCGUGGAGCUCGACGAGACCAGGGACGUCUUUAUGAGUUUCGACGGCCAGAACAUCAUGCUGUCCAUCUCUCGGAUCAAGCUGGACGCGUCUGGCACCUACAAGGUGGUGGCCAAGAAUCAGUUCGGCUCGUCAGAGUGUUCCGCGCAGCUGACCGUCAACGAAAAAGUGGUCAUCGAGAAGCUGGAACUCGAUGAAGAGGACAAGAAACCGAGAAAGAAAAAGAAGGAAAAAGACACCCCGCAAGAGAAAACCAAGAAACCGAAGCAAGACGAAACAAAGCCAAAAGAUGACGAAAAGAUGGAAGAAGAUAUGGAAAUCUCAGAGGAUGAAGAAAUGGAGGACACAGACACUAAGGUAAAGGUCUCGGACAAGAAGCCCAAAGACACCAAAAUUGAUACGAAAAAGCCAGAAAAGGCCGUCGAUAAGACAAAGAAAAAGGAAUCAAAAACGCUCAAGGAAGAUAGUCCUGAGCCAGAAGAGAAGGACAAACCAAAAACAAAGCGACCGAAGGAUAAAAGGACCAAGGAAGACACAGACCAGUCCCCAGAGCCGGAAGAGCAGGAGUCUAUGUUAAAGAAACCGAAAGAAAAGAAGCCGAAGGUGGAAAGGGAAGAAAGCCCUGAACCUGAGAGCCCCAAAAAGGAUGAACCAACUGGUAAGAAAACAAAGGACAGGAAGGUAAGGCCAGGAAAAGACAAAAGCCCUGAGCCAGAAAGUCCAAAAGAUGAGCAUCGUCCGAAGAAAUCAAAAGAUGAGAAAUCGAGACCAGAAAAAGAGGAAAGUCCAGAACCCGAGAGUGACAUACAGGAUGAACAAAAAGCUCCGAAACCAAAGGAUAAAAAGGCACGAUCCGAUAAAGAGGACCUUCGUGAUAUUGACGAGCCCAAAAGUGACGAAACGACCCCAAAGAAACCAAAAGAAAGGAAGACACGACCGGGUAAAGAUGACGAUAAGCCAAAAACUGAUGAAGCAAAGCCCAAACAACCUACAGAAACAAAAUUGAGACCCGAAAAAGAAGAAAAGGAGGAAGAAAGUCCUGAAUCAGAAAUUACUGAGACAGACGAAUCUCAAACUAAGGUAACGAGGCAUAAAAAAUCAAAGCCGGAAAAACCAAAGAGUUCUGAACAAGAUAAGCCUGAACAGGAUGAGCCAAUCGCUAAAAAGCCAAAGGACAAGAAAACGAGACCGGGGAAGGAGAAAAGUCCAGAACCAGAAAGCGUCGAGACCGAUGAAUCGCACGUCAAGAAACCAAAAGACAUAUCAAAAACGGAGCGCGAAACAGCUCCAGAUGAAGAGAAGCCGGGUAAAGACGAGCCCACCACGAAAAAGCCCAAAGAAAAGAAACCGAAACCAGCGCAGGAGAUUGCUCCGGAGGACGAUAGCGAAAAGCCUGCAGAACCAAGUGCCAAAAAGCCGAAAAGUAAAAAAUCAAGAUGGGGCAAAGAAGAAAGUCCAGAGCCAGAAAAAUCCCCAAAGGACGAUACUGCUGCUCCUAAAGACGAAAAAACAAAAGAGAAACAGCCGAAAGACGCGGACAAGAAGCCGCGGAAAACCCGUCGCGCCAGGGACGCCAUUCCCGAGUCUCCGGACGCUGAGAUGGCCGAGCCGGCCGAGUUUGAGGGACAGCCGAGCGAGGAGCGGGCUCUGGCCAGCACCGAGAAGAGGAGGGACCGGCAGGUGGCCCGGCGGCGCGUGCCGCGCGUGGGCCGGCCCGACGAGGAGAGUCUGGACGAGACGGAGGAGGAGGAGGAGAUCUCCGUUACCACUACGACCACGCGGCGCCGAUCGUCGGUACAGAGAGUAGAGAUGAAAACCUCGUCCCGCAAGAGCUCCGUGCAGGCCGAUAGCGUCGACCAGCCCCUCCCAGAAAAGAAGUCCCCAGCACACCGCAGGGUUCAAGAGACGGAAGAUGUUGACACCGAGGACGAGGUGUCCGAAAUAUCCAUGUCCAUUGGCCAGUUCGAGCGUGAGGUGGCCAAACCAGACGACACAACGGUCCAAGAGCUCAUCGAGGGAAUGCAGGACCUUCAGCUUCCCCAAAAGGCGCACGCUGUCACCGAAGAGCGCGAAGAGAGCUUUGUAGCAAAACGGCGUGGCUCUCGAGAAGUCACUACUAACAAGCGGUGGCGCACGGCUCGCACUGGAAAAGAGGAUGAGCUAGAACCGGAGAAAGUGCGACAAGGUGUAUGGGAAGAACAUGAAUCCGAAGAAGAGGAAACGAUCACAGAGCAAACAACCGAAGAGGUCAUGAGAAAGACGCGAACAAGAAAGCGAAAAGAAGAGCCGGAAGAGCAGGAAACGUCGACCAAAGCUCUUCGCCCGGAAUGGAGAGAUGAUGCCUCCGAAAAGGAUGUCCAGAGAAGGCCAGAAGUUCAUCAGGCAGAACCAGAGACCGAUCAGAAGCCAGACGCUGAUGAUCAAAGACAACCGUGGUCCCGAAAGAAGAAGCCUGAUAAACGUCAAAGGGAGAAUAAAGAAGUUCAAGACUCAACAGAACCAACUAUGAAAGACAGGGAACCAGAAGAAAAGAAGAAACCAAAAGGAGAAAGGCCAAUCGACUCUCAGGAAAACCGAGAAGAGGUCGAUGAGACGAGUGAUACUCGCUGGGGUAAGAAGAUAAAGCCACGAAAGCCAGCAGACACGCGUCCUGACGACAAACAUGUGCCUGACGAAGAAAUGCCGGAAGAACGUAAGCUUCAUCCGAAGCAGCCAAAAGAUGACGAACCAGAAGUUAAAGAUAAGAUGAGGACAUCAAAGACGGGUGUCGAUGAGGAAUCCAUGGAUGAGGAUGAACAUUUUCCACGGGAAAAAGCUACCCGAGAUAAACCUGACAAAAGUGUCGAGGAGGAAAAACUGGUUUCCCCUAGAACUGAUGGUGAAACAACGCCGGAACAUCCCAAAACAAAAACAAAAAGGAAGGUCACAGAUCGACAUCGAAAACCAGACGAUGAGAAAGAGCCGGAAGAUUCGCAAACCAUACAGGAAGGAGAUGUAAAAACAAAGAGGAAAGAAAGCACCGCUAGGAAAUUGAAGAAAGGUGACGAAGACGAAGAAGAACCUGAAGAUAAAAAACCCUUGGUAAGAGAUGAAAGCGAUUCUACCCCAGAUGAAAUAUCUACCCCAUGGGGAAACAAAGUCAAACCUCGCAAAGGAAAGCCUGAAGAGCCACGAGAUGAAGAUGAUAGCUCACCUGAGGAUUAUAAACCAGAAGACAAAGACAAAGAGAAGUCAUUGCAACAAAAGAAGGGACCCAGUGAAGCGCAACCACUAAAAUCCAAAUCGCAACAGAGAAAAAGCCCAGGAAAACAUGUUCCAAGUGAGCAAAAACCAACCUCAUCCGAAUCAGACCAAGAUGCGCCCGAGAAAAUACCUUCUAGGAAACGAGAUCAAGAAACAGCUGGUGAAAAAGACCAAGACGAAAAAAUGCCGCGAAGGAAAAAGCCAAAACCAAAAGAUGUUGAAAGCAAAAAGCCUCAAGAGCAGCCGCAAGAUAAAAAGCGAUCCGAUACAGUAGAUGAAAAGCUAUCAUCAGCAGAGGACACGGAAGAAUCCAGUGCCAGUACGGUUGGCUCCGUGCGGGAGGUGAAAGACAAACGAAAAAUAGGGAAACAGGACAUCGAAGAUAAAGAAAGCAGACAGCUGACGGAUACAUCAGAGGAUUCCAAAGAACCUGAUGACCAGCAGAAAGAAAGACCGAGACGUCCUAAGUCCGAUGCAGAGUUGACGCCUUCAAGUAAGGAUGUUUCGCCUUCGGAACCUUCAGAUCAAACCCAUGCACCUACAUCAAAAGUACGUGAACCAAAGGCAGCCAAAGACGAUGAAAUAGAAGAGAUGGACAUUGAUAUGCAAGAAGUUAGUGAACCGACCGAAGAAGCAAAUGAUAUGCCGUGGAGGAGAAAGAAGGCAAGAAAGCCUGGCAAAAAGACAGCGCCUGAAGGUGCUAAGACUGAUGAAGGUAAGGACAAGCCAAAGAAACUAGACCGCGAUGACCAGACCGAUGAGGAGGCUGAUCAAAGACCUCGGAAGAGAAAGGAAAGUGACAAGGGAACUAAAAUAACGCAGCCAGAAACACCAACGACAAGGGACAAGACCCCCAAACAAAUGCCUGAAGAAGACGAAACAGCCCCAGAGGACGUAAACAAAAUAUCUCCUCACCCUGAUAAGCGCACAGACAAACCAAAAACAGAUAAAAUAGAGGAUGACGAGCACAUCGAAGCUCAAAAACCGAGGAAGGAUGAGGACACAACUACAAAAAGGCCAUCGAGAAAGAAACCUGACGACACUAAAACACCUGAAGCUACCAAGCCGAUAACAGACAGGCCAGAUGAAGUCAGGUCAGCAAGGAAGCCUGAAAAAAUCGCGCCAUGUGAUGAUGAGCCAGAAACAAAGCCAUCGGGGAAAAUGCCAUCGGCAGAACAAGAAUAUUUGGAUGAUGAAGGCGAGUUCCUUCCGAGACAGAGACCAAUGAAAAAGAAACGAGAUGAGGAAACACCACAGUCAGCGAUCGAUGUCAAAACAGAAAAACCUAAUGAAAGCCAGCCUGACGAAAAAACUCAGGAAGAUAAACUUGGUGAAGAUAGGACAGACAAAGCCCAGCCGAAUGCAGAUCAACACACGACAGCUGAAGAGCCUCAAGAUGAAGGUGUUCCAUGGCAAAGGUCGAAAAAGAAGCGCGACAAGAAGCCUACCACUAAAGCAGAAAAACCAGAUACAGAUGAGACAAAGUUGGACAAGAAGAAAGAGAAUGAACAAAUCAGCGAACAAGAAAAACAACAGACAGAUGAGCCCUCAGAGGAAAAGGAAACACCCAUAGAAGACGACGGACUUUUGCCGUGGCAGAGAGCAUUAAAAAAGAAGCGUGAGGAAAAGUCCACAGCUAAACCUUCGAGUGGCACGGAAGAAGCAAGAGACGAAGGCCGUCCCGGUGAUAAACUGACCGAAUUAAAACCCAAAGAACAUGAUGAAGACUUAACAAAAGAAAAACCGUCUUCACUUGAUGAUGCGCCGAAUGCAGAAAAGGACAAAAGGUCACCAUCAGGGAAACCCGAUGAAAAAACACGGAUAAAGCCUACUAAACUCGAUUCAGAUGAGCCAAUACAAGCUCAAGAUGAGAAGGAGAAACCUGAAAAGGAUGAUCAGAAACAUGAUAAAAUGCCAGAAGGAAAAGCAUCUGCUGACGAAGACAAACCCGUUGAAGACGAUGGACUUCUUCCUUGGCAGAGAUCCCGAAAAAAGAAACGGGAGAAAACAACGAUUCCCAGAUCUGACGAGCAGGAGGAUGGCAAAUCAACGGAAGAGAAGCCCGAAGCCAAGGAAAGCGAUAAGCCGGAGAAUAAAGAAGCUAAGCCAGUGGCAGAAGACCAGCCACCUGAAGAAGACGACGGCCUCCUUCCAUGGCAGAGAGCGCUGAAAAAGAAACGCGAAGAGAAGCAUACUCCCAAUACGUCUGACGAUAAGGAGAAGCCAACUGAUCACGACGGCAAGGACGAAAAACCGGGUGAAAAGAAGCCGAAGGACAGUCUACCGGAUGAAGACAAGCAAAAGGAGCCUACACAGGCGAAACCGCAGGAGUUGCCAGAAGAAGAUGAUGGACUCCUUCCUUGGCAAAGGUCAAUUAAAAAGAGACGAGAAAAGAAAGCUGUUCCGAAAGAUGAUGAACGUGACAAGGGUAGGGUCGCAGAUGCGCCAGAGUCAGAAAUGCCAGACAUGACAAGCGCAAAGAAACCAAGGGAAGACAAAGCACCGACAGCCAGCGACGAGAGCAGUCCAAUGGAAGUGGAUGCACCGGAAUUGUCGCAGCCUUCCGAUAAAAGUGAACCAUUGGACAAACGCCAGCCAAAGUCCAGUAAGAAAUCCAAAGACAAAAAGUCUCACGAUACUCAAGAUCAGCCGGCUAAAACCAAAGACGAGCCGAACACUGAGAGGAGACCUAGCAGAUUGCUGGAAGAUGUUGAGCCUGAGCAUGCCGGAGAGAGCUUUGCCAGAACUAAAUCCCUCUUAAGAAAAGCAAAACCAAAAGAGAAACCAAAGAAGGAAGAGGAAGCUGAGAUGUCUGUGCCCUGGGCCAAGCGCCCGCAGAUCACGGAGCUGAAGGUGCCAAAGUUUGCUGAAGUCAGCGAGGUUCCAGCAGUAGUUGUCGAGUCGCCGGGCGAGGAAGAAGACGGUCUUCUGCCAUGGCAGAGAUCAAUCAAGAAGAAGAAACGCGAAAAGAAAGCCACCCCGAGGACUUCGGACGCCGAGGAAGAGAAGUCGGCGGCAGAGGAGGCGCCAAAGAAGAAGAAGAAGAAGCCGCGCACUCGGCCGACCACCUCCGAUGUGGACGACACCCAGCCGGACGAGUCCUCGCCCUCCGAGGCUGACUCGAGUCGCCGCGGCUCGGCGGCGCCCAGUAGCAUCGCCGACGAGCCCAAAGACGAGGAGCGAAAGCCCAAAACAAAGCCAAAGAGACAGUCCGUGCCCAUAGAGAAUAAGACGCCGCAGCAGAUUCUCGCCGAGCAGCGCGCCGCGCUGUUACACCGCAAACAAAAGAAAGCCAAGGCCGAACAACAGACGGAGGAGGCUGCGCAACAGAUUAAACAAGUCCAUGAGGAGGUCAUUCCCCCGAAGGAAGAGCCAAAGAAAAAGGCCACCAGGCACCGGAUCCAGGUCGAGGAGACCGACUUCCGCAAGGUGCAGCUGCAGCCGACGCAGCGUCCCAAGCGCGCUGUGGUUGUCGAGGAGGAGGAGAAGUUCCCCAGCGUGACGCUGAAGCCGGUGGAGCCGAAGCCGAACCUGGCGCGACGCAAGUCCUCCGUCAGCUACCUGGAGGAGGGCGAGCAGUUCACCCUGACCCCGACCAUUGAGAUCAAGAAGGACGCGUCGCCGGCGGGCUCCCGGAAGGGCAGCCUGGCGCCGGGCGGCACGGGCAGCCGGCGCGGCUCGCUGAUCCCGCCCGAGGAGCAGCCGCGCCGCGCCUCCAUCCUCCUGCCCGACGACGAGCACAGAAAGGCCCGGCCCGGAGAGAUAUUUGAAGGAAAGCUGGGAGCCAAACUGCGUCCGGGAGAGAUGGGUGCCGAGCGUCGUCGCCCCUCGUCCGACGUCCGCCGUCCGUCCGUCUCCGAGAUGGAGGACCUCAUCAACAAGCCUUCGACGCCCCUGCGCGCCAUCGGCGAGCCCGGCCCGCCCACCAUCGUCGACAUCCAGGACAGCUACACCGUGGUCGAGGACGCCAAUGCCUUCUGCAUCCUCUCGGUAGAAGGCAACCCAGCUCCGACCUUCAAGUUCUUCAAGGGCAUCCAAGAGCUGGUGGAGGGCGGCCGGUACAAGUUCAUCACCACCGGCGAGACCAACACCAUCAUGCUCUGCAUCCGGAAGGCCAAGCCGCAGGACGAGGGCUACUACAAGGUGGUCAUCGCCAACGAGCACGGCGAGGACUCGGCAGAGUUCCAGCUCUUCGUCUCCGACGCCUCCGGCAUGGACUUCCGAGCCAUGCUGAAGAAGAGGCGGUACGCCAAGUGGGACAACGACCAGGGCGACCCGGACUGGGGCGACCUCAAGGAGGUCGACAAACCCCAGAUCCCGCAGCUCAAGAAGGUGGAAAAGAAGUCCGAGUCCUUCAUGAAGCCGUUGGUGGAUCUCACUGUCAAGGAAGGCAAGGACAAGGUGGCCACCUUCGAGUGCGUCUUCUCCAAAAGCAAGAUGAAGCCCAAGUGGCUCUUCAAGAGAGACGAGAUUUUCCCGGGCAACAAGUUCCAGUUCAAGACAGAAGGCAACACGUACUCUCUGAUCAUCGACAAGCCCAAGGUGGACGACUCGGGAAAAUACACCAUCGACCUGGGCGGCGUGCAGUCCACCGCCUUCCUCCUCGUCGAACAGCCGGACCCCAACUUCAAGUUCGUGAAGAACCUGCCGAAGCACACGGACGGCUUCUUCACCGAGGAAGUGGUACUCGAGUGCCAGGUCAACUCCCACAAGGCCAUCGUGCACUGGUACAAGGGCGAGGAGCAGAUCGAGGACAACGAGAAGUACAGCAUCAGCAAGGACAUGAUGGGCAACUGCCGGCUGACCAUCAAGGAGGGCGCCAAGGAGGACGCCGGCGACUGGAGCUGCCGGCUGUUCAAGCAGAAGGACAAGACGCACACCAAGGUCACCCUCAUCGACCGUCCGAUCCGGUUCACGCGCAAGCUGAAGUCGAUGGAGGCCGUGGAGAAGGGCAAGAUGGUGAUGGAGGUGCACACCGAUUACCCGUGCUCCGAGAUCAAGUGGUUCCGCGGCGACGAGGAGAUCGUGCCCGACGGAAAACACAUCAAGAUCGUCAGUGACGGGAAGAAGCACCAGCUGAUCAUCAAGCCGGUGAAGAUGUCGAUGGCCGGCGACUACACGGCCAAAACGAACGCCGAUACCACCACCGGCAACAUGCACGUCGAAGUGCUGAACAAGUUCCUGAAGAAGCUGGGUGACGAGGAGGGCACCGAGCGCGAGGACAUUGUGCUGGAGAUCGAGCUGGUCGACCACACGGCGCCGUGCGAGUGGUUCUUCGGUGACAAGCUGCUCGAGCCCUCGGACAGAUACGAAAUAAAGAACCUGGGCGGCGGCAAACAUCAGCUCAUCAUCAAAAACGCCCAGCUGAGCGACGAGGGCGACUACAUCUGCAAGUCUGACAAGGUCGAGACGCAGGGCCACCUCACCGUUCACAAGGGCGAGUCCAAGCCCAAGAUCAAGUUCGAGGGGCCCGUCACAGGCCCGGUCUUCAAGCCACUGACAUUCGAAGUUCCGUACAAGGUCUCUGGCAAACGUCAGUCGGACGUAGUCGGCAAACUGUUCUACCAGGGUCAGGCGCUGACCCAGAAGGAUGUGGAGAUCACCGUCAAAGAGAAGGUGGUCAUCUACAAGAUCCGCCACCCCAACAGUGACCAGAGCGGGGAGUACGAGAUCAAACUCUCCAAUAACCGCGGAGAGGACUCGUUGACCGUUCAGAUCAACAUGCAAGGCGUGCCGAAGGAGCCGGAGGAUGUCGAGGUGACCGACAUCUUCGCCAAGUCCUGCGUCGUCUCCUGGAAGAAGCCGCAGAGUGACGGAGGGGACGAGAUAAUAAAAUACGUCAUCGAGCGACAGGACCUCAGCAAAAAGGGCGGCUGGGACACGGUGGGCGAGACGUCGGCAGACGAGCUCACCUUCAAGUGCGAGGACCUGGUGCUCAAGAAGCGGUACAAGUUCCGCGUCAAGGCCAUCAACCGGCAGGGCGAGUCGGAGCCGGGCAUCGCCAGGGGCGAGAUCCUGGCCAAGGACCCCUGGGACGCAGAGACAUCUACAGAUGGCACAUCCAAAGACGAGCCCGGCAAGCCGGGUAACGUGGAGCUCACCGACUGGGACAAGGACCACGCCGACCUCAAGUGGACCAAACCGGAGAACGACGGCGGCGCGCCCAUCACCGGAUACGUCAUCGAGUACAAGGAGAAGUUCGGCUCCGACUGGGUGGAGGGCAAGUUCAUCUCGGGCGAUGUGGAGUCGGGCACCAUCGACGGCCUCACCGAGGGCAAGUCGUACGAGUUCCGCGUGCGGGCAGUCAACAAGGGCGGCAAGGGCGAGCCGUCCGACCCCACCAAACCCAUCAUCGCCAAGAGCCGCUUCGUUAAGCCGUACAUCAUCAACAAGGACGAGUUCAAGAACAUCGUCAUCAAGAAGAACCAGACGAUCACGCUGGACAUUCGGUACGGCGGCGAGCCCGAGCCCGAGGUCAAGUGGCUGAAGAACGGGGAGGAGAUCGUCCCAGAUGGCGACAGGAUCACGAUCGACAAGUACGAGAAGAACACGGUGAUCACCGUUCGGCGCUGCGAGCGGCCCGACACGGCCAAGUACCGGCUGGUGCUUACCAAUACCUCCGGAUCCUGCGAGGGAGAGGCCGACGUCGUCGUGCUCGGCAAGCCGUCGCGUCCCGAAGGUCCGCUGGAGGUCACUGAGGUCAGGGAGACCAAGGCCACCGUCAAAUGGAAGAAGCCCAAGGACAACGGCGGCCAGGACCUCAAGGGAUACGUCCUCGAGAAGAUGGACAUGGACUCGGGCCGCUGGGUCCCGGCAGGCGAGGUGGACCCGGACAAGACCGAGGCCACCAUCGAGGGUCUGACGCCUAAGAAGAAGUACAAGUUCCGCGUGCGGGCCGUCAACAAGGAGGGCGAGUCGGAGCCGCUCGAGACUGACGAGGCCAUCGAGGCCAAGAACCCCUACGACGAGCCCGACACCACCGAAGGAGGCGAGCCCGGGAAGCCCGGGAAGCCGGUGAUUGACGACUACGACAACACGAUGGUGAAGCUCAAGUGGACGAAACCGGAGAGUGACGGCGGCCGGCCCAUCACCCACUAUGUCAUCGAGAUGAAGGACAAGUUCUCCGACUGGAGCGAGGUGAAGAAGACUCCUGACGAUAACUGCGAGACGGAGGUGGAGAACCUGAAGGAGAACAUGACGUAUCAGUUCCGAGUGCGCGCGGUCAACAAGGCCGGCCCCUCGCUGGCCUCCGAGCCCACCGACAACCACAUCUGUAAACACAGAAAUCUGAAGCCGCGUAUCGACCGGACCAACAUGGUAAUGAUCACCAUCAAGGUGGGCCGCUCGCACAAGUACUCGGUGGACGUGCGAGGCGAGCCGCCGCCAGAGCUCACCUGGUCCUGGCGCGACAACGUGCCCCUCCAGAACACCGAGAACAUCAAGAUCGAGAACGUGGACUACCACACGGACUUUAGCAUCGAGAAGGCCACCAGGAAGGACUCGGGCAUCUACACGCUGAAGGCCGAGAACAGGAACGGAAAAGACGAGGCCCAGUGCGAGCUGGUCGUACUCGGAAAGCCGACCCGUCCGAACGGUCCGCUGGUGGUGGAGGACGUGUACGACAAGGGCGCGAUCCUCAAGUGGAAGAAACCCGACGACGACGGCGGCAUGCCCAUCAAGGAGUACGUCAUCGAAAAGAUGGACAUGGACACAGGUCGCUGGGUGCGGGCCGGCCGGUGCCCGGGCGACAAGGAGCACCCGCAGUUCCACGUCAGCGACCUGACCCCCGGCCAGGACUACAAGUUCCGCGUGGUGGCCGUCAACGACGAGGGAGACUCGGAGCCCCUAGAGACCGAGGGCGCCAUCAAGGCCAAGAAUCCCUACGAUAUCCCGGACCCGCCUGGCAAGCCGGAGAUCACCGACUACGAUAACAAGUCGGUCGACCUCAAGUGGCGGGCUCCCAAGAGCGACAACGGCGCUAAGAUCGAAAAGUACAUUGUCGAGAAGCGGAACAAGAAGACCGGAGACUGGGAGAAGGUCGGAGAGACUCCGGGCGACGAGCUGACGAUGAAGGUGGAGGACCUGGUGGAGCGCCAGGAGUACCAGUUCCGCGUCAAGGCCGUCAACAAGGCCGGACCCAGCGAGCCGUCCGAGGCCACCGACUGGCACAUGGCCAAACACAGGAAACUGGGACCUCGCAUCGACCGUACCAACCUGAAGAUGACCAAGACCCGGGCAACGAAGCAGGUGGCGUUCGACGUCGACAUAAAGGGCGAGCCGGCACCCAAAGUCAAGUGGUACUUCAAGGACGAAGAGGUUGCCGAGCCGAACAUAACGAUCGUGAACGUGGACUACAACACCAAGUUCACCCUCAAGGACAGCCUGCGGAAGAACACCGGCAUCUACAAGAUCGUGGCGGAGAACAUGCACGGCAAAGACGAGGCCGAGGUCGAGAUUGUCGUUCUUGCGGCUCCGUCGCGGCCCAAGGGUCCCCUGGAGGUGUCGGACGUCACUGCCAAGGGCUGCAAGCUCAAGUGGAAGAAGCCCGAGGACGAUGGCGGCACCCCCAUCCAGGGAUACGCCAUCGAGAAACUGGACACCUCGACCGGUCGCUGGGUGCCGGUGGAGAAAGUGGGUCCGAACGACACAGAGGCCAACAUCGGCGGACUGGUCGAGGGCAAGGAGUACCAGUUCCGGGUCAAGGCCAUCAACGACGAGGGAGAGUCCGAGCCGCUCGAGACGGAUCACGCAACACUAGCCAAAAACCCCUACGACGUUCCGACCAAGCCCGGCACGCCGGAGAUCGUAGACUGGGACGAGACGAGCGUUAGCCUCAAGUGGGAGCGUCCCAAGAGCGACAACGGCGCGCCCAUCACCGGCUACAUCAUCGAGAAGAAGGAGCGCUUCGGCAGCUCCUGGGAGCCCUGCCUCGAGACCAAGGGCCCCAGCACGGAGGCUAAGGUGCCGGACUUGACGGAGGGCAAAAUCUAUCAGUUCCGCGUCAAGGCGGUGAACAAGGCCGGUCCCUCGGAGCCGAGCGACUCCACCGGCCAGCACCUCUGCAAGGCCAGAUACCUGAAGCCGUGGAUCAACCGCGAGAAGUGCAAGCCGGUGACGGUGCGCGCCGGCCAGAUCGUCCGACUGGACAUUGACGUGCGGGGCGAGCCGCCGCCGAAGAUCACCUGGACGGUGGCCGGCCAGGAGCUGGGCACGGACGCCCACCAUCGGAUAGAGAACGAGGACUACAACACGCGCCUGCAGAUCACAGACACGUCGCGCAAGCAGUCCGGGAAGUACGUCAUCCGGGCCGUCAACGACUCCGGCUCGGACGAGGCCGAGAUUGACAUCACCAUCCUCGACAAGCCGGGUCGGCCGGAAGGUCCACUGGAGAUCACGGACGUCCACAAGAGCCACUGCAAGCUAAAGUGGAAGAAGCCCAAGGACGACGGCGGUCUGCCCAUCACCGGCUACAUCAUCGAGAAGAUGGACACGUCGACGGGCCGCUGGCAGCCGGCGGCGCGCACUGACGGCGACACCACCGACACCGAGGUCAAAGGCCUCGAGCCCGGCAAGCGGUACGAGUUCCGCGUCAAGGCCGUCAACGACGAGGGGGAGUCGGAGCCGCUGGACGGCGACCAGAGCAUCCUCGCCAAGGACCCGUACGACCCACCGGGUGCUCCGUCCAUCCCCGACAUCGUCGACUGGGACGAGAACAUGGUGGAGCUCAAGUGGGAGCCGCCGCUGCGUGACAACGGCGCGCCCAUCACCGGCUACGUGCUGGAGAUGCGGCCCGAGGGCUCGCACGACUUCGUCAAGGCCAACGAGGUCGGCCCCGGCUGCAAGGGCAAGAUCACCGGCCUGACGCCAGGCCAGAAGUACGAGUUCCGCGUGCGGGCCGUCAACAAGGCCGGCGUCGGAGAGCCGAGCGAGGCGACCACGCCGCACCUCGCCAAGGCGCGAUUCCUGAAGCCGCGAAUCGUGCGCGACAACCUUCAGCCGGUGGUGGUGAAGGUGAACCAGCAGGUGCUGCUCGACGUGGACAUCAUCGGAGAGCCGCCGCCAACCGUCACAUGGACCUUCAAGGGCAAGGACGUGGAGACUGGCCGCGAGCUGACCAUCACCAACGUGGACUACAACACCAAGUUCGCGCUGUUCCGCGCCAAGCGCGGCCACACUGGCAAGUACACGGUGACGGCGAAGAACUCGCAGGGCGAGGAUACGGCCGACGUAGAGAUCACCGUGCUCGGCAAACCGUCGCGGCCCGAGGGACCCCUGGAGGUGUCUGAGGUCACGGCCAACGGCUGUAAGCUGAAGUGGAAGAAGCCGGAGGACGACGGCGGAGCGCCGAUCGAGUACUACGAGAUCGAGAAACUCGAUCCGUUCACCGGCCAAUGGGUGCCGUGCGGCAAGUCCAGCACGCCAGAGGCGGAGGUCACCGGCCUCCAGGAGGGCAAGAAGUACAAGUUCCGGGUCAAGGCUGUCAACAAAGAGGGCGAGUCAGAGCCGCUCGAGAACGAGGAGCUCAUCCUCGCCAAGAACCCGUAUGAUCCGCCAGAGAAGCCCGAGCGGCCUGAGCUGGUCAACUGGGACAAGGACUUCGUGGACCUCAAGUGGAAGAAGCCCAAGGACGGUGGCGCGCCCAUCACCAGCUACAUCAUCGAGGCCCGGGAUAGGGACGACCGCGCCUCCGGAUGGCAAAAAUGCCUCUCCACACCCGGAAACCACCUGGAGGGUCGUGUCACGGACGUCGUGCCGGGACACGAGUACGAGUUCCGCGUGAUCGCCGUGAACAAGGCCGGUCCCUCGGAGCCGUCCGACGCCUCAAAGUCGGUCGUCUGCAAGCCCAGAUUCCUGAAGCCGCGCAUCGACCACCGUAACCUGGACAAGAAGGUGAUCCGCAGCGGUCAGAUGCUGCGCGUCGAGAUCGACAUCGAGGGUGAGCCGGCGCCCAAGGUGACCUGGGAGCUGGACGGGCAGCCGCUGAGGCCCCGUGAACGGCUCACCAUCGAGAACGAGGACUACCACUCGACGUUCGUGCUGCUGCGCGCGCAGCGCAGCGACACGGGCAAGUUCACCAUCACGGCCAGCAACGACUCGGGCACCGACACCGCCGAGCUCGACCUCACCGUCGUCGGAAAGCCGGGCAAGCCGAAGGGUCCCCUGGAGGUUUCUGACGUCACCGCCAAGGGCUGCAACCUCAAGUGGGAUAAGCCGGAGGACGACGGCGGCGAGCCGAUCGACCACUACGUGGUGGAGCGGAUGGACAUGGACACGGGCCGCUGGGUGCCCGUCUGCACCAGCAAGCUGCCCGAGGCCGAGGUGGACGGACUCAACGAGGGCAAGGAGUACCAGUUCCGCGUCAAGGCCGUCAACCCGGAGGGCGAGUCGGAGCCGCUCGAGACCGUGCUGGGAACCGUGGCCAAAAACCCGUACGACGUUCCCGACGCGCCUGGAGCGCCGGAUAUUGUCGACUGGGACAAACACCGCGUGGACCUCAAGUGGAAGGCACCGAAACGCGACGGUGGUGCACCUAUCACCGGAUACAUCAUCGAAAAGAAGGAUCAGUACAGCACCAAAUGGCAGAAGGCGGUGGACAUCCCCGGCACGAAGUGCGAGGGUCGCGUGCCCGACCUCACAGAGGGUCUCAAGUACAAGUUCCGCGUGCGUGCCGUCAACAAGGCGGGUCCGUCGGAGCCGAGCGACGAGUCCAAGAGCAUCCUGGUGAAGGCCAGAUACGCUGCCCCAUACAUCGACCGCACCAACCUGCGCGACAUCACGAUCCACGCCGGAGCGCCGUUCAAGUUCGACGUCAAGAUCACGGGCGAGCCGCCGCCAACCAAGACUUGGUUCAUGAACAAGGCGCGGCUGGACAGCCGGGACAACCUCACCAUCGACGUGGAGGACUACCGCACCAAGCUGUCCGUGUUCAUGGCCACCCGCAAGGACACGGGCAGCUACGUCAUCAAGGCGGAGAACGACUCGGGCAAGGACGAGGCCGAGGUCCAGGUCACCGUGCUGGACAAGCCCAGCAAACCCGAAGGUCCGUUGAAGAUCUCGGACGUCCACAAGGAGGGCUGCACGCUCAAGUGGAACGAGCCGCUGGAUGACGGCGGCCUACCGAUCGAGGGCUACGUCGUCGAGAAAUUCGACACUGAUACUGGUCGCUGGAUGCCCGCCGGCCGCUGCUCCAAGCCCACCAUGCAGGUGGACAACCUGAUCCCUGGCCAUGAGUACAAGUUCCGGGUCAAGGCCGUCAACCCCGAGGGCGAGUCGGAGCCGCUCGAAGGCGACCACUCCAUCAUCGCCAAGAACCCCUUCGACGCACCCGGGGAGCCGGGCCGGCCGGAGCCGACCGACUGGGACAAGGACUUCUGCGACCUCAAGUGGAAGGCACCCGACUCAGACGGCGGCGCGCCCAUCACCGGCUACGUCAUCGAGAAAAAGGAGAAGGGCUCCAGCAAAUGGAUCAAGGCCGCCGAGACCAAGGGUCCCGACUGCACGGGCCGCGUGCCGAACCUGGAGGAGGGUCAGACGUACGAGUUCCGCGUGCGGGCCGUCAACGAGGCCGGACCAGGCGAGCCAAGUCAGCCGUCCCGCUCCAUCACGGCCAAACCCAGGAAACUGGCUCCCAAGAUCGACCGUCGCAACGUGCGAGACCUGACCGUACGCGAGGGAGAGCCGAUCAUGUUCGACAUCAAGGUCAAGGGCGAGCCGGCGCCGGACGUGACCUGGGCCAAGGACGGCCGGCCCAUCAAACAGUCGGCCCACAACCGGGUCGAAAACGAGCCGUACAGGACCAAGUACACGAACGACACCCCGAAGCGGGGCGACUCGGGCGUAUACACGAUCCAGGCGACCAACCAGCACGGCCGCGACGAAGCCACCAUCGAGAUCACCGUCGUCUCCAAGCCGUCGGCGCCCGAGGGUCCUCUGGAGGUGUCGGACGUCCACAAGGACGGCUGCAAGCUCAAGUGGAAGCCGCCGCUGGACGACGGCGGCGAGCCCAUCGAGGGAUACGUGGUCGAAAAGUACGACCCCGACGUGGGCAUCUGGAUCCCGAUCGGCAACUCGGUGCGCCCCGAGAUGGAGGUCAGCGACCUCACGCCGGGCCACGAGUACCACUUCCGGGUGAAGGCGGUCAACAAGGAGGGCGAGUCCGAGCCGCUGGAGACGCUGGCGCCGAUCGUCGCCAAGGACCCCUUCACCGUGCCGGAGAAGCCGGGCGCGCCGGAGGCGGUCGACUGGUCCACCUCGCAUGUGGAGCUCACGUGGAAGGCGCCGGCGCACGACGGAGGCACCCCCAUCACCGGAUACAUCAUCGAAAAGAAGGACAAAUACGGCUGUAUGUGGGAGAAGGCGUGUGAGCUGGACGGCCCCGAGUGCACGGGCUCGGUGCACGGACUGAUCGAGGGAGUCCAGUACCAGUUCCGCGUCACCGCCGUCAACAAGGCCGGCCAGUCGGAGCCCUCAGAGCCCAGCAAACCCAUCACAGCAAAGGCCAGAUUCCUCGCGCCGAAGAUCGACCGUCGUAACCUGCGCGAUAUCACCAUCUCGGCCGGCUCCAUGGUCAAGUUUGACGUGGACGUCUCCGGAGAGCCCGCGCCCACCACCAAGUGGUUCAAGGAGGGCUUCGAGCUCAAGCCGACCAAGCAGCUGAACAUUGACGACAAGGAGUACAACACCAAGUUCGUGCUGCGUAACGCCAAGCGGGGCGACUCCGGGGAGUACACCAUCACGGCGCAGAACAGCUCCGGAAAGGACACUGUCACCGUCACCGUGACGGUCACCGACAAACCCGGCAAACCUGAGGGACCGCUCAAGGCUUCGGACGUGCACAAGCACGGCUGCAAGCUCAAGUGGCGCCGGCCGAAGGACGACGGUGGCACCCCGGUGGAGUACUUUGAGGUGGAGAAGCAGGACCCGCUGACGGGCAUCUGGACGCCGGCCGGGCGCGCCGACCAGCCCGAGAUCGAGCUAAACAACCUCACCCCCGGCAAGGAGUACAAGUUCCGCGUCAAGGCCGUCAACGCCGAGGGCGAGUCGGAGCCGCUCGUCGGCGAGGAGACGGUCGUCGCCAAAAAUCCCUACGACGAGCCGGACGCGCCCAAGAACCUGAAGGCGACUGACUGGGACAAGGACCACGUGGACCUGAAGUGGGAGCCGCCGCUGAACGAUGGUGGCUCGCCCAUCACCGGCUACCUCGUGGAGAAGAAGGACAAAUACGGCAACUGGGAGAAGGCGCUCGAGGUGCCGGCCGACCAGCUGAAGGCCACUGUCCCCGGGCUGACCGAGGGCGAAAAGUACGACUUCCGCGUGAAGGCCAUCAACGCCGCCGGGCCCGGAUCGCCGAGCAACAACACGGGUCCGAUCACGGCCAAGCCGCGCAACCUGGCGCCCAAGAUCGACCGCACCAACCUGAUCCAGGUGAAGGUGCGCGCCGGACAGAACUUCAGCUACGACGUCAACGUGGCCGGUGAGCCGCCGCCAGAGAAGCGGUGGACGCUGGCUCGCAAAACCGUCACCCCGUCCGACCGUAUCAGGAUCACGCCGUCCGACUACAACAUCAAGCUGCAGGUGCGGAACGCGCACCGCAGCGACUCGGGCACCUACACGCUGACGGCCGAGAACGAGAACGGAAAGGACACCGCCGACGUCGAGGUCAUCGUACUCGACAAGCCGGGUCCUCCGAACGGACCACUGCAGGUGUCUGACGUUCACGCCGAGGGCUGCAAGCUCAAGUGGAGGCCACCCUCAGACGACGGCGGGCUGCCCAUCCAGAAAUACAUCGUCGAAAAGAUGGACGAAGCCACCGGCCGUUGGGUGCGCGCCGGCGAGACGGACGGCCCGCAGACCGAACUGGAGGUGGACGGUCUGGUGCCCGGCAAACACUACAAGUUCCGCGUCAAGGCCGUCAACAAGGAGGGCACCUCCGACCCGCUCACCACACCGCACAGCAUUGAGGCCAAAAAUCCCUUCGACGAGCCGGGCAAGCCUGGUACUCCGGAGAUCACCGAUUAUGACCGCGACUUUGUCGACCUGAAGUGGAAGCCGCCAGAAUCGGACGGUGGCUCCCCCAUCCAAGAGUACAUCGUCCAGCGUAGGGACAAACUCAACCCGAAAUGGGACGACGUGAUGCGCGUGCCGGGCGACAAGCCGCACGCGCACGUGCCGAACCUGAUCGAGGGCAAUGUGUACGAGUUCCGCGUGGUGGCGGUGAACCGGGCUGGUCCGGGCGCGCCGUCAGACGCCACGGCGCCGCACACCGCCCGCGCCAAGAACCUGGCACCGCGGAUCGACCGCACGGCCAUGACGGAGCUGAAGCUGCGCGCCGGACAGACGAUCGAGUUUGACGUGCCCGUCACCGGCGAGCCGCCAGCAACCAAAAAAUGGACAUUUCAGUCGAGUCCCCUGGAGGCGUCUGACCGGGUGAAGAUCACGCCCGAGGACUACCUGAUCAAACUGCGGGUGUUUGACGUGAAGCGCGCCGACUCCGGAGACUACACGCUGACGGCGGAGAACCGCAACGGACGGGACACCAACACCGUCCGGGUCAACGUAAUGGAUGUGCCGUCGCCGCCGCAGGGCCCGCUGCGUCACUCUGACGUCACGAAGUCGGGCUGCACGCUCAGCUGGAAGGUGCCCAAGGACGACGGCGGCUCCGACAUCACCCACUACAGCGUGGAGAAGAUGGACGCCGACACCUUCCGCUGGGUGCCCAUCGGUGACAGCCCGCGCUGCCACAUGAAGGUGGACCACCUGAUUGAGAACCACGACUACAAGUUCCGGGUGUACGCGGUGAACCGGAUGGGCCAGUCGCUGCCGCUGACUGGCACCGAUACCGUCACCGCCAAGGACCCCUUCAAGAAGCCCGACAGGCCCGGAAAGCCCACGGCGACCGACUGGGAUCGGGACCACGUGGACCUGGAGUGGCCGGCGCCCAAACAGGACGGCGGCUCGCCUAUCAGCAAAUACAUCAUUGAGAAGAAGCCCAAAUACGGUAUGUGGGAGAAGGCCGCCGAGGUGCCCGGCGACAAGACGCGCGGCACGGUGCCGGACCUGAGCGAGGGUGAGCAGUACCAGUUCCGCGUGAUCGCCGUCAACCAGGCGGGCCCGUCGGAGCCCGGAGAGUCCAGCGAUACAGUCACCUGCAAACCGCGCUUCGUCAAGCCAUCGUUCAACAAGUCUGCUCUGGAGGAUCUGGUGGUUCGCGCUGGAACCCGAAUUCAGUACAACAUUCCCUUCGAGGGAUCUCCGAAGCCGAAGGUGCAGUGGCAGGUGAGCGGCAAGGUGCUGGAGCCCUCGGAGCGGGUGGACCUGCAGACGUUCUCCGGCCACACCACGCUGGACAUUCCGUUCUCGCUGCGCUCCGACUCGGGCCCGUACCGACUGACGCUGAGCAACGAGCUCGGCUCGGACUCGGCGCAGGCCACCGUCACCGUGCUCGACAAGCCGUCGCCGCCUCAAGGCCCGCUCAAGGUGUCUGACGUCAACAAGGACGGCUGUAAGCUGGCCUGGCGGGAGCCGGAGGACGACGGCGGCUCUCCCAUCACCCACUACCUGGUGGAGAAGAUGGACACGUCCAGAGGCACCUGGACAGAGGUCUGCCAGAGCUCGAACCUGAGCGCCGACGUGAUGGGCCUGGUGCACCGCAAGGAGUACAUGUUCCGCGUCAAGGCCGUCAACAACAUCGGCGAGUCGGAGCCGCUCAAGACGGACCGCAGCAUCAUCGCCAAAAACGAGUGCGACGAGCCCGACGCGCCCGGCCGUCCCAUCGUCACCGACUGGGACAGCGACUUUGUCGAGCUCGAGUGGACCAAGCCGCGCCACGACGGCGGCGCGCCCAUCACCGGGUACAUCAUCCAGAAGAAAGCCAAGGGAUCGCCCAUCUGGCAAAACGCCGCCCGCGUGCCCGCCGAUAAGACGAAGGGUGUCGCGCCUGACCUGACCGAGGGUCAGGAGUAUGAGUUCCGUAUCAUCGCCGUCAACAAGGCCGGCCAGUCGGAGCCCAGCGAGCCCUCUGACCUGGUCAUGGCCAGGCCGCGAAGACUGGCGCCCAAGAUCAAGACGCCGAUGACGGAGCUGCGUAUCAAGGCGGGUCAGAUCCUGCACAUCGACAUCGACUAUGUGGGCGAGCCGGACCCGACCGUAGAGUGGCUGGUCAACGGACACCCGCUGCAGCUCUCCGAGAGGACGACGAUGACGGCCAUCAACCACCACACGGUGGUCCACUCGGUGAACGCGCAGCGCGGCGAGUCGGGCAACUACCUGCUGCGGCUCACCAACGACUCCGGAUCCGACGAGGGUGUGAUGGAGGUGAUUGUGCUGGACAAGCCGAGCCCACCGGAGGGUCCGCUCGAGUACGACGAGGUCACCUCCAGCACCGUGAGUCUCUCCUGGAAGCCGCCCAAGGACGACGGAGGCAGCCCCAUCACCGCCUACAUCGUGGAGAAGCGCGACCUGACGCACGGCGGCGGCUGGGUACCGGCCCUGCAGUACGUCGACCCCAAGAACACGCACGCCACCGUGCCGCGCCUGCUCGAGGGCACCGAGUACGAGUUCCGCGUGCGGGCCCAGAACCUGCAGGGGGUCUCCGAGCCGCUCACCACCGACAAACCCGUCGUCGCCAAAAACUCCUUCGGUGUGCCAGGCAUGCCGGGCCGUCCGGAGGCGGUGGAUGCCGACAAGGACUUCAUCAAGAUCCGCUGGCAGCCACCGCGCUCCAAUGGCGGCAGCCGCAUCACGGGCUACGACGUGGAGCGGCGCGAACACAUGACCGGCCGCUGGACCAAGAUCAGCAGGAACCCGGCGCCGGGCAACGACUACCGGGACGACACGGUGCGGGAGGGAAAAUUGUACGAGUACCGAGUGACGGCCAUCAACGCCGCCGGACCGGGCAGCCCGUCCGACCCGUCCCACACCAUCACUGCCCGGCCCAUGAAAGAGCCGCCGAAGCUGAACCUGGACGGCAUCUUGGGCCGGAAGAUCCGCGUCCGCGCCGGAGAGCCGAUCGACAUCCGGAUCCCGAUGAGCGGAGCGCCGCAGCCGACCGUCGAGUGGACCCGCGACGGCCGCAAGGUGUCUCACGGCGGCCGCGUCGAGAUGGACACGACGCCCGAGUACACGACGUUCCACAUCCCGCGCUCGACGCGCGACGAUGCCGGCAAGUACACGGUGACGGCGACGAACGCCUACGGCUCGGACAAGGGCGACCUGGAGGUGAUCGUGGUGGACAAGCCGGGCCCGCCGCGCGGCCCGCUCUCCUACGACCAAGUCACCGGCACCAGCGUCACCAUGACCUGGCUGCCGCCUUCCGACAACGGAGGCUCCGACAUCACCGGUUACCAAGUGGAGAUGGCCGACUACGGCAUGGACAACUACCGGCCGGUGCCCGGCUACAUCCCCAGCCCGACCUUCACCGUCAAGGGUCUCACCGAGGGCAAGCGCUACAUGUUCCGCAUCAGGGCCGAGAACAUGUACGGCCUCUCCGAGCCGCUCUCCGGCAAGGAGGUCACGGCCAAGAAUCCGUUCGAGGCUCCGGGAGCGCCGAGCGCGCCGAAGAUAGUCUCCUACUCACCGACCGGUGUCAACCUGACCUGGAACCCGCCAGAGGACAACGGCGGAAACCCCGUCUCAGGUUACAUUGUGGAGCGUCGGGACCGCGGCGGCCAGUGGAUCAAAUGCAACAACUACCCGGUACCCAACACGAGCUUCAACGUGGGCCACCUCUCGGAGGGCACCCGCUACGAGUUCCGCGUGAUCGCCGUGAACGACGCGGGCCCGGGCAAACCGAGCAGGCCGUCCGAGUCGGUCACCUGCGGACCCAUGACCUACAAGCCGAGCGCACCGGAGGCUCCUCGUCCGGACCGUAUCACCAAGGACUCGGUGACACUCUCCUGGCGGGCGCCCAACGACGGUGGUGCCAAGAUCCGCGGCUACUUCAUCCAGAAGCAGCCCAAGGGCAGCAAGGACUGGAUCCCGUGCAACGACACGCUGCACCCGCUCAACUCGUUCACGGUGCCGGGCCUGACCGAGGGCGACGAGUACUCGUUCCGCAUCAUCGCCGUCAACGAGGUCGGCGAGUCCGAGCCCGGAAAACCGUCGCCGCUCAUCAAGGUGGAGGAGCAACCGAACAAGCCGCACAUCGACAUCACCGGCAUCCGCGACAUCACGGUGCGCGCCGGCCAGGACUUCAGCAUCCACGUGCCGUUCACGGGCUUCCCGCAGCCGGUAGCCACGUGGACGCGCGACGACGCGCCCAUCGAGGACGACUCGCGCGUGCACCGCCAGCUGUCGGACGACUCGGCCAGCUUCGUGAUGAAGAACGCCCAGCGCGGCGACACCGGCCCGUACAAAGUGCACCUCAAGAACCCGUCCGGAUUCGACACGGCAGUCUGCAACGUCAAGGUGCUGGACCGUCCGUCUCCGCCCAGCGACCUGCGCGCGGACGAGUUUGGCGGCGAGAGCCUCACGCUGCUGUGGAAGCCACCCAAGGACGACGGCGGCGCCAACAUCACAAACUACAUCGUGGAGAAGCGCGAGCGUGGCGCCAGGGACUGGACCAAGGUGUCAAGCUACGUGUCCGGCACGGCUCUGCGGGUGAAGAACCUGACCGUGGGCCGCGACUACGACUUCCGAGUCAGUGCCGAGAACCAAUACGGUAUCUCGGAUCCGUGCCCGACCUCAGAGCCCGUCAAGGCCAGACAUCCGUUCGACGUGCCGGGCGCUCCUGGCGCCCCGCGCGGCCUGGACACCUCCGAGGACUCGAUCACGCUGACCUGGCUCCGGCCGCGCCACGACGGCGGAUCCAUCAUCACCGGCUACGUGCUGGAGAAGAGGAUCCCCGGCGAGAGCUGGUCCAAGGCCAGCCACGGCACCAUCCAGGACCUCCAGUACAGGGUGAUCAACCUCACGGAGGGCCAGGAGUACGAGUUCCGUGUGGCGGCCAAGAACGCUGCCGGACAAGGCCCGUGGAGCAAUCCGUCCGACCCGAUCAAGGCUCAGGCGCCGCCGAGCGCGCCCAAGAUCACGUCGGACCUGGCGAUCCGCGACAUGACGGUGAUGGCCGGCGAGCCAUUCACCAUCACUGUGCCGUUCACGGCCUCGCCCCGACCCCGGCCCAGCUGGACCGUCGGAGGCGAGGAGGUCGUCCAGGACGAACGCAUCAAGUUCGAGACCAGCGACACCACGACUAUCUUCCACAACAAGCGCGCCAAGCGGUCGGACCAGGGCAGCUACACGAUCCGCCUGUCGAACUCGGAGGGCUACGACACGGCCACCUGCCGCGUCCAGGUGGUCGACAAGCCCACCGCGCCACAGGGACCGUUGGACAUCUCGGACAUCACGCCCGAGAACUGUUCCCUGUCCUGGAGGCCGCCGGCCGACGACGGAGGGUCGCCCAUCACAAACUACGUCGUCGAGAAGAUGGACGUCUCGUCGGACAUCUGGAUGAAGGCCUGCAGCUUCGUGCGCGGCUGCUCGUACGAAGUGAUGGGUCUGGAGCCGAACCACAAGUACCUGUUCCGUGUGCGCGCCGAGAACCAGUACGGACUCUCGGAGCCGCUCGACUCGGACGAGCCGAUCACGGCCAAGUUCCCGUUCACCGUGCCCGAUCCGCCGGGCCGGCCCAAGGUGCUCGACUGCACCUCCAGCUCGGCCAAACUCAUGUGGGAGCGGCCCAACUCGGACGGUGGAUCAAAGAUCCAGGGCUACAAGCUCGAGAUGCGCGACGUCACAGACGAGAUGUGGCGCGACUGCAACGACUACCUGGCGCGCGACACCGUCCACCAGGUCAACGCACUCCUCGAGGGACACGAGUACGAGUUCCGCGUCAAGGCCAAGAACGCGGCCGGCUUCAGCAAGCCGUCGCCGCCGAGCCAACGCGUCAAGGUCAAGUCGCGCUUCGGCGUUCCAGGACCGCCGGGCACCCCGCAGGUGGCAAAGGUCACGCGCAGCUACGUCGACCUCAAGUGGGAGCCUCCGGCUUUCGACGGUGGCAGCCGCAUCACCGGCUACCUGGUGGAGAAGCGCGAGCUGGGUAGCGCCUUCUGGGUCAAGUGCAACGACUACAACAUCCCCAGCUGCGAGUUCUCGGCCAUCAACCUGAAGGAGGGCGGCGACUACGAGUUCCGGGUGUACGCGCUGAACGCGGCCGGCCGCAGCGAGCCCGCCCAGGGCCUGGGACCCGUCCGCGUCCAGGACGUGGUCGGAGGCACCAAGCCCGAGUUCGUCAAGUCGCUGAUGAACACGGGCGCCGGCCUGAUGAAGCCCAUGACGCUCACAUGCCAGGCCACUGGCACGCCGCCACCGACGGCGCGCUGGCUGAAGAACGGCCGCGAGGUGAACACGGAGCUGGGCCGCGUCAGCUGCGAGUCCUCGCCGGACGGCACGUUCCGGCUGGUGUUCAGCGAGGUCUGGUCCUCGGACGACGGCGAAUAUGCCUGCGUGGCCAGCAACGCCAUCGGACAGGCCACCACCACCUGCCGCGUCCGCAUCGGAUCUCCACCCAAGAUCGACAAGAUGCCGAACGACCUGUACCUGCCGGAGGGUGACAACACCAAGAUUAAGAUCUACUUCUCUGGCGACCAGCCGAUGAACGUGUCACUGAAGCACGAUGGCCGCGAGGUGCAAGAGGACAAGCACAUCAAGUACACCGUGUUCGACGACUACCUCAUCAUCUUCAUUCGUGAGAUCCAGAAGACAGACGCCGGCGAGUACACGCUCAGAGUGUCCAACGACAGCGGCGACGUGUCGGCCAGCUUCAACAUCUACAUCACCGGACUGCCGGGCGCGCCGCAGGGCCCGCUGCAGGUCACCGAGAUCACCAAACACACGUGCACGCUCACCUGGCGGCCUCCGUCCUACGACGGCGGCGUCAAGGUGACCCACUACGUGGUGGAGCGGCGCGACAUCACCCACUCGCAGUGGGUGAUCGUCUCCACCACGUGCAAGGACACGUCGUUCAUCGUCCAGGGCCUGACCGAGAACCAGGAGUACCUGUUCCGCGUGAUGGCGGUGAACGAGAACGGUAUGGGCCCGCCGCUGGAAGGCCUGAACCCGGUGAAGGCGCGGUCGCCGUACGAUCCGCCCUCGCCACCGGGCGAGCCCAGCGUCAAGGAGGUCGGCGGGGACUUCGUCAAUCUCAGCUGGGAACGGCCCGAGAAGGACGGCGGCGCGCGCAUCCAGGGAUACUGGAUCGAGAAGCGCGAGGUCGGCAGCACCGCCUGGCAGAAGGUCAACCAGGUACUGUGCACGACGACGCAGAUCAACAUCGCAAACCUGGUGGAGGACCGGCAGUACGAGUUCCGCGUGUUCGCCGUCAACGAGGCCGGCACCAGCGAGCCGUCCUCUGCCAGCACCUCCGUGAAGAUUCGGGACCCACACGCGGCGACGCCACCUCAGAUCGUGCAGCCUUUGAAGAACGUGAUGGCACUGGAGAACAAGUCGGCCAACUUCCAGUGCAAGAUCACCGGCACGCCCAAACCGACCAUCACCUGGUACAAGGGCAGUCGCGAGAUCUUCAACAGCAGCAAGUACUACACGGACCGGGAGGGCGACACCUACUACCUGGAGGUACGCGACGUGUACGGAGAGGACGCCGACGACUACAGCUGCCGCGCGCACAACGCCGCCGGACACAAGUCCACCCGCGCCACCCUCACCAUCAAAACGGCACCGAAGAUCAACGUGCCCCCGCGGUUCCGCGACACGGCAUUCUUCGACAAGGGCGAGAACAUCGUCAUCAAGAUUCCGUUCACGGGCAACCCCAAGCCGCGCUGCACGUGGAGCAAGGAGGGCGAGACCAUCGAGAAGGGAUCUCACUACGACCUGCAGACCACGGACCGUCACGCGAUCCUCACAAUCCGCGACGUGGACCGGGCCGACAACGGUCCGUACCGACUGGUGGCCGAGAACGAGCUCGGCAUGGACUCGUGCAUCAUCAAGGUCCAGAUCGCCGACCACCCGGAGCCGCCGCGGUACGUGAUGGCCGAGAAGCCGACCCACAACACGUGCAUCGUCAGCUGGAAGCCGCCCGCCUGGGACGGCGGCAGCAACGUGACCAACUAUAUCAUCGAGAAGCGCGAGCACCCGAUGACCUCCUGGAUCCGCUGCGGAAACACCAGGUUCACGACGCACGAGGCGCAGGGCCUGACGUCGGGCAAGACGUACUCGUUCCGGGUGAUCGCCGAGAACAUUUACGGCCGGUCCGACCCGAGCGUCGAGUCGUCGGCCAUCACCACGCAGGAGACGGCCAAGAAGAAGGGCGACGUCAAGAAAUACGAAGUGGACGAGAACGGCAAGCGUAUCCGCGGCAAGUCGGACCAGAAGGUGGAUAACUACGACCAGUUCGUGUUCGACAUCUACUCCAAGUACGUGCCGCAGCCAGUCGACAUCAAACACGACAGCGUCUACGACCACUACGAGAUACUCGAGGAGAUCGGCACCGGCGCGUUUGGCGUCGUGCACCGCUGCCGCGAGCGCAAGUCGGGCCACAUCUUCGCCGCCAAGUUCAUCCCGAUCAGCCACCCGAUGGAGAAGGAGCUGAUCAAGAAGGAGAUCGACAUCAUGAACCAGCUGCACCACCCGAAGCUGAUCAACCUGCACGACGCGUUCGAGGAGGACGACGAGAUGGUGCUGAUCUUCGAGUUCCUCUCGGGCGGGGAGCUGUUUGAGCGCAUCACUGCCGAGGGCUACACCAUGUCAGAGGCCGAGGUCAUCAACUACAUGCGCCAGAUCUGCGAGGCCGUCAAGCACAUGCACGAGAAGAACAUCAUCCACCUCGACGUAAAGCCGGAGAACAUCAUGUGCCAGACGUCCAAGUCGACCAAGGUGAAGCUGAUCGACUUCGGUCUGGCCACCAAGCUGAACCCCAACGAGCUGGUCAAGAUCUCGACUGGCACGGCCGAGUUCGCUGCGCCGGAGAUCGUGGAGCGGGAGCCGGUCGGCUUCUACACGGAUAUGUGGGCCGUGGGAGUGCUCGGCUACGUUCUACUGUCCGGCCUCUCGCCGUUCGCCGGCGAGAACGACAUCGACACACUCAAAAACGUGCGCUCCUGCGACUGGGACUUUGACGAGGAGGCCUUCAACAACGUCUCAGAAGAGGGCAAGGACUUCAUCCGACGACUCCUCAUCAAGGCCAAGGAGAAGCGGAUGACUGCACACGAGUGUCUGGAGCACCCGUGGCUGAAGGGCGACCACAGCCACCUCACAUCACCGAUCGCCAACUCGCGCUACACGCGCCUGCGCGACCGGAUGCGCGCGCGCUACGACACGUGGGACCAGUUCCUGGUGCCCAUCGGCCACAUCUCCAACUACUCCAGCCUGCGGAAGCUGCAGAUGGAGCGGUACCGCAUGCACGAGGUCACCUUCGACCGGCUGCAGGCGGCGCCGCGCUUCGUCAUCCGCCCGACCUCGGCGUUCGCGUACGAGGGCCAGUCGGUGCGGUUCACGUGUCGGGUCAUCUCGCUGGCGCCGCCGACGGUCACCUGGUACCGCGACAACAUGGAGCUGCGACAGUCGGUCAAAUACAUGCGCCGGUACGCCGGCGACGACUACACCUUCAUCAUCAACCGGGUGAAGCUGUCGGACCGCGGCGAGUACAUGAUCCGCGCCGAGAGCCACUACGGCUUCCGCGAGGAGCCCGUCUUCCUGAACGUGCAGGCGAUGCCGCAGGCGGCGCCGAAGCCGGCCGAGACGCAGCAGCCGGUGCGGCGGCGGCAGCAGCUGUUCAGCUACCGGCGGGUGUGGGAGCAGGAGGCCGACUCGGGCCCGCUCUUCACCUUCCACCUGCGGCCGCGCGUCAUGCAGAUGCACCAGACCUGCAAGCUGCUUUGCUGUCUCAGCGGAAAGCCCACACCCACGAUCAAGUGGUACAAGGGCAGCAAGGAGCUGAGCAAGUACGAGUACACGAUGACGCACAGCGACGGUGUGAUCACAAUGGAGAUCGUCAACUGCCAACCGGAGGACAGCGGCAAGUACCGCUGCGUGGCCUCCAACCACCUCGGCAGCGACGAGACCUACUGCGUCGUCAUCGUCGAGGGUGGCACUCCUGAACAGGAGAAAAAGAUCUUCGAUAAAUUUAGUAAAGAAGACCGGAGGUACCUGCCCACGGUGCCGCACCAGCAGCCAAUCACAAACGGUCACGACUACGCGGCGUCACACAGCUACUCGGCGUCACACAAGACCGACACCUCGUCCUACAAGAGCGACUUCAAGAGCUCGACCAAACAGAGCGCCUCCUCCUUCCAGUCGAGUACAGCUAAGUCCACCGCCGCCGCCUCCUCCGCGAUAUCGAGCAGUCGAACGGAGACCUCGUCAGGCAGCGGCGAGACGACCAAGCGACCUCUGAAGGCGUACGGCACGGGCACCAGCGGCGGCUCCCAGAGCCGCUCGCGCUCGGCCACCAAGGAGCUGGAGAUCCCGCCGGACGACUCGCUGAUGCACGCGCCCGUGUUCGAGGACAAGAUGCCGUCGGAGCUGGCGGUGCGCGACGGGGAGGCGCUGGCGCUGCGCUGCCAGGUGCGCGGCGACCCCGACCCCAAGACGGCCUGGAGCAAAAACGGCGAGCCGCUCAGCUCCUCUGACGUGAUCGACCUCAAGUACCGCAACGGCGUGGCGUCGCUGGUGAUCGCCGAGGUGUUCCCCGAGGAUGAGGGCCUGUACGAGUGCCGCGCCUACAACUCGAUGGGCGAGGUCACCACCACGUGCAAGGUCACCGUCACACCGGGUGCUGCGGCUGUCGAAGCUGCCAAAGCGAUGGAAAGCGCGCCAAAGAAGGGCGCCAGCGGUGAGGUUCCGCCGAGAGUAGUGGAGCACAUCCAGUCCAAGGUGGUCAAGGACGGAGACGCCGUCACACUCACCUGUAAACUCACAGGCGCGUCAAAGUUCGACGUCGUUUGGUUGCACAACGACAAGGAGAUCAAGCCGUCCAAGGACUUUGAGUACGACAGUGCCGGCGACCUGUACAGCCUGAAGAUCGCCGAGAUCUUCCCGGAGGACGCGGGCGCGUACACGUGCGAGGCGUUCAACGACGCCGGCGAGAGCUUCUCUUCCUGCACACUGGUCGUGCUCGUUCCUAACGAGGAGGUGAAGCAGCCGGCGUUCAAAACAUUCCCGGCGUCGGCGACUGUCACCGAGGGCGAGCCCGCCAAGUUCAACAUCGUCCUCGAAAAGUCCGCCGCCAAAGUGACGUGGUGUAAGGACGGUAAGCCGUUGGACAGCAGCAGCACCCACCUCAAGAUGACCGGCGAGAAGACCAAGCACCAGCUGCUGAUUCCCGCCUGCGUGCCCACCGACGUCGGCCAGUACUCGGUGCGCGCGCAGGGCAAGAAGCACGAGACCAGCGCCAACUUUUCGCUGAACGUGUUGCCCAAGCAGGAGUGAGCGCCCACCGGCCACCGCUGUGAUGAUCCCGAAAGACGAGACGAACUUCCCAACGGCGCUGUACAUACUACAUAGAGCACAUAUGUCGUCAUGAGGCGGCGCCGAGCGCACGUUUACCCCCACCCGGGGACCGUCGCCGGCACGUGCGGCCCGAACCGGUGCCGCCGCCGAACUGUACAUACUGCCACGUGCCAUAGCGCCGCGCGCGCGAGAGAGAGACUGUAUACACGUGUCACGUGCCGCGCGCCACGAGUAACGAACCGGCCGUCCACCAGACUGCGCGGCGGCUCGGCCGUCCGCCGGGAGCUCUCAGACCCGGCCCCGGUCGCCGCGUGAGGCGGCGGCAGGAGACGAGCGCCGGAGUCCGACCGCGGCGGCGGAGAGCGACUGCACCCGCCCCCCGACCGCCGCCGACCGGACCCGACCGGCGCACCGACCUCGGGCCGGUCGGAGCCGACUGCACCCGACCCCGACUGGCCCGACCGGCGGCGGCCGACCGACCGAUCCCCGACCCCAACCCAUGUGUAAUGCAGUGAUAUGUGCGCGGGCGGCGCGGCCGGCGCGGCCGGCGCGAGGGGAGGACGGGACUGGGGCGGCCGGGAGCGACGCGGCGGGCACGGCUGACGGCCGCCCGCCCCGGGCUCCGGCCCGACAAAUAUACGGUCUUGUGAUGGUG